AUGCCUAUCUUAGGCCUCUCACCAUCUUCAACUCCCACAUUUCCAGCUCAUUUCGACAUCGAGAAGGUCAUUAGACCAAACAUACUCUCACUACAACCUUACCGAUGUGCUCGCGACGACUACAAAGAGGGCAUCUUGCUCGACGCGAAUGAGAACGCUCUCGGGCACUCAAUUGGUACAUCGAGUAGCGGAGAUAUCCCAGAAGACCUCCACGCGACCCUCGACCUCAACUUGCACCGGUAUCCCGACCCUUCUCACCCGCUCAUCAAGUCCCGCGUCGCCACUCUGCGCGGCUUAGCUGACCCCAGCGUGCCAGGGUCAGCAGAGGACCACAUUUUCCUUGGUGUCGGCUCGGACGAAGUCAUCGAUCUCCUCAUGAGAGUUUGUGUCAAGCCUGGGUCGGACGAGAAGAUCCUCAUCACGCCGCCUACAUAUGGCAUGUACGGAGUUUGCGCACAGGUGAACGACAUCGGUGUUGUGAAGGUGCCGUUGGAGCUUACGGGCGAGAAUGGCGAGGGAGAGGAGGAGGGGAGGUUCAGUGUCCGACUCGAAGAGGUCAAGAAAGCCGUAGACGCUGACUCCAACAUCAAGCUUAUCUUCCUCUGCUCGCCCGGAAACCCGACGGGCACUCUGAUCCCCCUGAGCACCAUUCGUAGCCUGCUCGAAUACGAGCCGUUCAAGGGCAUUGUCGUUGUGGACGAGGCGUACAUCGACUUUGCCGGCAACCCAGAAGACAGCGCAGUGUCACUCGUGAAGGAGUACGCGAACCUGUGCGUGAUGCAGACGCUCAGCAAGAGCUUCGGGCUUGCUGCGAUUCGCCUCGGAAUAGCGAUCGCGCAACCGCCGCUCAUCCAAGUCCUCACCAACACCAAGGCGCCUUACAAUAUCUCCACCCCUACCGCGCACCUCGCUUUGUCCGCGCUCUCGGAGGCGGCCGUCGCCCUCAUGCAGCGCAAGGUGUCCACGCUCGUCUCUUCCCGCUCGGCCCUUCUCUCCUCCCUCGCGAACCUUGCGUCGUUAGGUGUUGGGAAGAGCGUCGGUGGGAACCACGCCAACUUCGUCAUGGUGCCUAUAUUAGAGAAGGGGAGCGGGGCAGACGGCAAGCCCGAUAGCGCCCGUGCCCACAAGGUAUACAAGGCGCUUGCGGAGGAGAAUGGGGUUGUUGUGCGGUAUCGAGGAAACGAGCCUGGAUGCGCUGGGUGUUUGAGGAUCACGGUGGGCACGGAGGAGGAGAAUAGGGCUGUGUUGCAGAAGAUGGAGGAGGUGUUAAAAGUGUUGUAA